AUGAUGAGCGAUGCGAGCGACCCUGACGACUCAGCACGGAGGGCUAUGCGAAGAGGCAUGUGGGUGUGGAACACUGCCACCAUCAUUGAGGACACUGCACAGAUAGACCGCCUGAUUCUGUGUGCUAGCGCAAUUGAUGUUAACGAUAUCUACCUAUACGUCGUGCCAGCGUGGUACGACGGGAAGAACAGCAAGCUCGCAGCUUUCAACAGUCGUCUGCAUGCCCACAGCAUCCAGGUCUGGGCUGUCGAUGGCGGCCCGGCUUACCUCGACACGCUCGCCGCAGGCGAUGCCUUCAUUGCCGGUUUGCGCAGCCUGGGCGAAUUCAAUGACCGCUCCGAACCAUGCGCACGCUUUCAUGGCUUCCAAGCGGACUUGCAACCCGAAGACUCCGCUGGGCGUACAGGCUGCUUCCAUAAGCGUGUCGCGGAGUCAAGGCUUACACAGCAGCAGCACAUUGAGCGCACGAUGGUCCUGCAGAAGCUGCUCAACCUUCUUACCCGGACAAGCAACAUGGUGCACAGUCUCGACAUGCCGUUUGCCGUUGCCAUGCCUUUCUGGCUCCAGGACUACGAAGGCGAGCCUGUCACCGUUGCCUACACGGGCAAGCACGGCACACGUAUGUGCGUAAUGGAGCUCAUCAUGCCGGUGGUGGAUGAAUAUCUCGUUCUAAAUCACAAGACAGAGUUCGCGAACGUUGCUAAAUUCAUUUCAGCGCCCGCUGAGUACGCGUCCGAUAUGGCUGGGUCUGGGCAGAGGAUGCCGCAUGUGCUUGGUAGCUUUCCUGUCACGGAUAGCGCUGGUCAGAAAGAGUCUCACCGAGAAGCAAUCGUAAAGAUCACGAAAGACAUUUCCAGCCUUGAGGCGAUGCUGCAGCUCUGUCCUACAUUUGCUGGUCUCGCACUUCACGACUGGGAAGCAUUAGAUAAGCUAUCAAAUGAUUGA